AUGGUUCAUUACAGUGAGUCAACUAAUAUUUCUCCUCCACUAAGUGGAGGACAAUUAGAUAUUUAUAGAAAACAAGCAUCAUUCAAACUACAGAAUAUGCGAAUAGCCAUCGAGGAUCCAGAAAGAACAGCAAUUAAGAUGAAAGUUUGGACUUAUCUUGAAUCAGAUCCUGCUUACUGGCCUACGAACAAAAUCCUAAGUUCCGAUGAAGAGAAACACAAGACAGCUAAACUACUUGAAAAGUUCAGAAAUUCCAAACUAUUUGAUAGUCUUCACAGUUGGGAUUAUAAAACCAGGACAAGAUAUUUAAUUACACUAAAUCAAGCCGUUGAGAUGUUGAAUGCAAACUUAUCAAUAAAAUUCGCACUUGGAGUAUCUCUGUUUGCGAAUGCGUUGUUAUGCCUUGGUACUCAAAGACACUUGAAGUAUUAUAAAGACGUUUGGAGCGGCAAGAUUCUUAGUUGCCUCGCUAUUACCGAGUUGGCCCAUGGAAGUGAUACAAAGCGCCUCAAGACUACGGCCACUUACGAUCAUCUUAGUAAUGAAUUGGUUCUAAAUACACCCAAUAUUGGUGCAGCUAAAUGUUGGGUAGGAAAUUUAGGGAGGCAGUCGACUCACGCUUUGCUGUUCGCUCAGCUGAUCGUCGACAACAUUUGUCAUGGACUCCAUGCUUUUAUUGUACCUAUUCGGGAUCCUGAGACGCUCAUACCAUAUCCCAAUAUAACAGUUGGUGACAUUGGUGAAAAAGAUGGGCUCCAUGGCAUUGAUAAUGGUUAUGUAAUAUUUCAUUAUUACCGAAUUCCAAAAGAAUGCCUUCUAAAUAAAAUCGGUGACAUUAAUGAGAACGGAGAAUAUGAAACUGCUUUUACCAAUCCACAAGAAUUGUUAGGAGCUGCUUUAGAAAGUCUUUCUGCUGGAAGAGUCGCUAUUUUACAAGAAUCUUCCAACACUUUGAUAAAAGCUAUAGUUAUCGCUGUAAGAUACUCAGCUCAAAGGUUACAGUUCAGCGAUGGUGAGGGGAAUGAACUUCCAAUCCUCGAGUAUCAAACACACCAAUGGCGUCUUUUCCCAUUCCUCGCGGCAAGUUAUGCUUUCAAAUCAUUUAUGCACGACUUCGACGAACAAUAUAUUAACGUCGUCGCCGAUUCACGUGAAGGAAGGAUCAAUGUAGCUCAUUUACCGCAAAUGGUGAAAGGUAUUCAUGCGAUAGUAUGCACUACAAAAGCUCUGAUAACUUGGACGACCCAAACUGCCAUCCAGGAAUGUAGAGAAGCGUGUGGUGGUCAUGGAUACCACAAAGCCGCAGGCUUCGGAGAUCUAAGAAGCAAUCACGACCCUCGAGUUACUUUUGAAGGUGACAACACUGUUCUUCUUCAACAGACAUCUAAUUGGAUUCUUCGUUUGUACAACGAUCCAGAUUUAGACUCUGAAAUGUUUCCUCUUUCCGAAGUAUCAUUCAUAAAGAACAAAGAUAUUGUUCUGCAAAGGAAAUAUCGUAAUGAUGUUUCUAUAAUUUCUGAUAAAUUUAUUAUGGAAACUUAUGAAUGGCUUAUUUGUUGGCUAUCUAAAUCUACGUUGGAGAAGAUGAACAAUUUAAGGAAACAACAGAAGGAUAAGUUUCUUAUCAGAAAUCAGACUCAAGUUUUUAAAGCACGUACUCUGUCUCUAGUUUUUGCUGAGUUCCUCAUUCUUACUUAUUUUAUUAAAAAAUGCAAAUCCUGCUCCAACGAUGUCAGACCUGUUCUCUACAAAUUGUUUAAUUUAUAUGGUCUUUGGUCGCUACAUAAACAUCUGGCGGUUCUCUACCAAGGAGGUUAUUGUGAAGGGCCUUCAUUCGGAGAAGGUCUUUCUGAGGCAGUUCUUCGUUUGUGCAGCGAUUUGAAGCCUGAAGUAGUUGCGCUCACUGACGCUAUUGCACCUCCAGACUUUGUCCUCAAUUCUAUUCUUGGAUGCUCUGAUGGCAAGGUUUAUGAACGACUGAUGGAAGCUUUCAACUUACCUGAUGCCACUGCUAAUUUCAACGAGGAUAGUAUCCUACUGCAAUCCAAGUUGUAA